AUGGAGAUCCAUAGAAUAACAUCAACCCUUGGGUUCUUCGCACAACCUUCUGCAACAGAAACGUUCUCAGCGUCUCCCAGCCAAACUUUAGGGUCCGUCUCAUUUAAAAGUGGGAAUGAAUCCCUGCAGAACUGGACAAACAGCAGCAGGGUUGUUGACCAUGUGCCGGGCGUCGCUGGAAUCCUCAUCCCUCUCAUCUACAUCAUCGUGUGUGUCGUCGGCCUUGUUGGAAACACACUUGUCAUCCACAUCGUGCUGCGAUAUUCUCAGGCAGAAUCAGUUACGAAUAUCUACAUCCUCAAUCUGGCCAUCGCAGAUGAACUCUUCAUGCUAGGUCUGCCGUUCCUCGCGGUGCAGAAUGGUCUUCUCUCCUGGCCAUUCGGCUCGUUGAUGUGUCGCCUGGUCAUGACGGUAGACGCGAUUAACCAGUUUACAAGCAUCUUCUGUCUGACUGUGAUGAGCAUUGACCGCUACCUGGCUGUGGUGCAUCCUCUCCGCUCCUCUAGGUGGCGCCAGCCACGUGUGGCAAAAGUUGUGAAUGCCACGGUAUGGGCAGUUUCCUUUGUGGUUGUCCUGCCUGUGGUGGUGUUUGCCGAUGUUCUACAAGAUGAUGGAAACUGCAGCAUUGUGUGGCCCGAGCCAGCAGAAGUUUGGAAAGCGGUGUUUAUCAUCUAUACCGCAACUGUUGGGUUUUUCGGCCCCCUGACGGUCAUCUGCCUGUGCUACCUGCUGAUCGUUGUGAAGGUACGCAGCUCUGGACGCAGAGUUCGAGCCACAUCGAUUCGACGCAGGAAAUCAGAACGCAAGAUCACACGCAUGGUUGUGAUCGUCGUGGCGGUAUUUGUGUUCUGUUGGUUGCCGUUUUACAUACUAAACAUUGUAAACCUGCUAGUGCUGCUACCGGGAGAGUUCCGCGGUCUGUAUUAUUUUGUCGUGGUUCUGUCGUAUGCCAACAGCUGUGCAAACCCCAUCCUGUAUGGGUUCCUCUCUGACAAUUUCAAGAGAGGCUUCAGGAAGGCUCUAUGUCGAUCAUCUAGACGUGUGGACAGCCAGGACCAGCAACAUGGGACGGGAAUGGUUGCUUUACCGCUGGAGGAGAUACAACGAGAACUGGAUCCAAGUGCCCAUCUGAGGGACCCGUGCCAGCUGACAGAAGCAGAAAAAGACAAGGACGAGGUAAGAAAGAUUAGCUACAUGGAGGACACCAAUGAAAUGGUUGAACUCCACAGGACCGCUCACAACAGCUGCAGUAAUGGAUGCCAGGAGGACACAAAGAAGUUGAAUGCCAUUGUAGGUGGAGCCAGAAAAGCUGUGGAUGAAGGGCAUGAGGGCUCCAUCAACCCGACCCUUGAACUCACAGCUGUCUUCAAUGGCACUCAAAGAUGCCGUGAACAUCUGCCUGAGAAUAGUGACGACAAACACACAGUUCUGGAAAUCAGUUAUUUAUAA